GUCCCAAUUCUGAUCAUCAUCGAAUAUGAAUAUGGCUGCUGCUGAUAAUAAUCAUACUAAUAAUAUUAUGGCGAUAAGGGUUUACAGUUGCUGCAAUUGCAGAACUCAUGUCGCUCUUCAUGACGACAUUAUUUCGAAAGCAUUUCAGGGUCGACACGGGCGUGCUUUCCUGUUCUCCCAUGCAAUGAACAUCAAUUUGGGGAAUAGAGAAGACCGGCAGCUGAUGACGGGGCUCCAUACGGUGGCCGAUAUCUACUGCAGCGACUGCAACGCUGUUUUGGGAUGGAAGUAUUUGAGGGCCUACGAAGACUCGCAGAAGUAUAAGGAAGGGAAGUUUAUACUCGAGAAGUUGAAGAUCAUCAACACCGAGGAUUGAUCGAUCCAUUGAAAUUGUAAUUCAUUGUUCGUUCUUGUGCAUAUAUGCAUUUUGAUUUCUUUGCGAUGGAUAAUUCAAUAAAUGCAGCGGAUGAAGUUGUUCUUGAUUAUUGUA